AUGUUCAAACGGAGGCAACACAGGCAGUUUCUUCAGGCGAUGUGCCAGCCACCCCGCAGCAUGCCGUUUCUAUCACUGACGAUGUUUUUGCUGCUGUUGUUGUGUUGGGCCGCUGGGUGUCUCGCCGUCGAUUCCACCCGGAAGCACCGCUGCGGGUUUGACGAGAUGAUGGGGAGGUGGCAGCCGGCGACUGCGGUGGUGCGUGACGUGCCGCGCAGAGGACAGGGCGAGAUGCAGGCGUACACCGUCGACGCACAGGGCGUGGAGAGUGAGUGGGCCCCGAUCCGCAUCAAAGUGUCUGCGGAGGACAUGAAGGAUCAGUGGAAGCACUGCCUCCCAGAAAGGCCUUGGCGCCUGGUCAAUGGCAGCAGGGUGAAAUGCACGGACGACAUGAUGUUGACGGAGGCGAAGAAAGACAUUGUUUUGAAGCAACUCCUCCCGGCCGCAAUUAAGCUGCACGCCGAGCGUCUCUCCGUGAGGCCUGUGGAGUACCCCAUCCCCAUACCAGAUUAUGGUAUAGGGCGGUGCAGCGAUUUCACCAUCCCUCCCUGGCACCACACGAUCGGCGUGAGCGGCGCCGACCUAAUUCUCUACGUUGACACUCUCGUGAGUGAGGGCACUAUUGCAUGGGCGAAUAUGUGCGUCUUUCUGAAGGACGGACGUACGUAUGCUGGCGUUGUGAACUUCAACCCCAAGUACAUAAAGGCCACUCAUGAAGCUGUUGGUACUGCAGCGCACGAGAUUGGGCACGCCCUUGGGUUUUCGUUCUAUCGCUUUAAGAAGCUCAAUAUGGUCUCCAGGGUCCCCAAUGUGCGAGGGAAGAAGGAGGUGUGGGUGGUUUCCUCACCGAAGGUGAAGGAGCUGGCGAGGAAGUACCACAAUUGCCCCACACUUGAGGGCAUGGAGCUGGAGGACGGGACUAGUCGGGGGGCAAGUCUGAGCCACUGGGAGGAACUCAGUGCACGGGACGAGUUGAUGAGCCCUGGGAGCCGGAUCGCUUAUUACUCGGCAUUCACGCUUGCUGCAUUUGAGGACAUGGGUGUGUACAAGGCUAACUACGACAUGGCGGAGCAGUUGCGGUGGGGCAACAACUCUGGCUGCGGGCUGCUGGAAAAUAGGUGCUUCACCAACGGCAGCACCGCCUACCCUGAGUUGUUCUGUAAACAGCCGUCGAAUAAACAAAGACUGCUCUGCACGUAUGAUCGUCUUUCUCUGGGGACGUGUAAGCUAAAAAAUCACUACCGUCGCCUUCCACCGCAGUUUCAGUACUUUGAUAACCCCAUACUUGGAGGUGAAUCGGGGUAUAUGGACUUUUGUCCGUUUGUUGUUGAGCGUGCGGCGUAUGAGUGUCUAAACGGUGGCCCUAAUAAGUUCCCUGGAAGUUUCAUUGGCUCGAGCUCACGGUGCGUAAAAGGGGAGGGGCUUCUUUUUGAUAACAAAGAGAUUGGCGAUGUGUGUGUGAACACGCAGUGCAGUGGGGGUAAUCUGAGGGUGCAGUUCCUUGGCGACGACACGUGGCACGACUGCAAUGAGGGUGAGACGGUUGCGCCGUCGGGGGGCGAAUGGAGCGGGGGGAGCAUCAGGUGCCCCAAAUAUGCCGACGUGUGCGCAGCCUUCCCCAACACCUGGGCCCUCCCAAUACCAGUCGUUGCCCCACCAUUGGCGGAGGAGUCAAACCCUGCAGACACAAAUGAUGAAUCAGGCGGCACUAAUCCUAAGCCCGAUGCCUCACCCUCAACGUAUCAAUCGCACAGUACCAGCGAGGAAAACAACCCAACCAGCAUGCGUGAUGAGCCCGAUGCCUCACCCUCAACGGAUCGGUCGCACAGCACCAGCGAGAAAAGCAACCCAACCAGCAUGCGUGGUGAGGUUACUCCGAACCCGUAUGGGAAAAGCAGCGUUGGAGGCAACGGGAAUCGCGGAGGGAAGGCAUUCGGACUCGGUGACACUUCAGUUGUUGCUGUUGGUCUCAGUUCCCUUGCGGUUCUCGCCGUGGCUGCCGCCGUGGUGAUGGCGCCUCUCUGA